CUUAUAAAUCACAAACAGCGUCAUCCAUCUCUCUAUAUAACAAACCGAUUAAUCCUCAAAACUCCUUGCAAUCGAAACCGAUCCAAACUCAACAAGAGAGGUUCGAAGAUGUCCGCCGACGAGCUUUUGCUGCUGGACUUUUGGGCGAGCCCGUUUGCGAUGAGGGUGAAGAUUGCGCUGGCCGAGAAAGGAGUCGAGUUUAAGUCCCAAGAAGAGAACUUGUUGGGGGGGAAGAGUGAGCUAUUGUUGAACUCGAACCCCGUUCACAAAAAAGUACCGGUUUUGCUGCACGAUGGCAAGCCGGUUCUUGAGUCGAGCAUCAUCGUGAGCUACGUUGAUGAGAAAUGGCCGACUCCUGCGCUGCUUCCGGAGCGUGCUUACGAGAGAUCCGUCGCUCGGUUUUGGGCUGAUUUUUCCGAUAAAAAGGUAUACGAGUCCGGAAACAAGAUUUGGAAGACAAAAGGAGAAGAGCAAGAGGCAGCAAAGAAAGACUUCAUCCAAGUCAUUAAGCAUCUAGAGGGAGCUCUUGGAGACAAAGACUACUUCGGCGGAGACACCUUCGGGUUCACCGACAUCAUCAUCAUCCCUCUCACUUCCUGGUUCUGCGCCUUCGAGCUCUAUGGCAACUUCAAGCUCGAAGACGAGUGCCCCAAAUUCAGCGCUUGGAUGAAGAGAUGCGGGGAGAGGGAGACUGUGGCUAAAGUGCUGCCAGAACCGGCAAAGGUCUGCGAGUUCAUUACUAUGCUUAGAAAGAUGCAAGGGAUUGAGUAGGAAAAAAAUACUCCUUCACGUUUGCUUCUGUGUUGGGUUAUGAGUAUCGAGCGUGUGCUUGCUUGCUUGAUUUGCUUUUAGUUGCAUACUUGCAUAUUUGAAUGAAAGUGUUGUGGGGUCUUUGUUUUCUCUUGGUUGGAGGAAAUUGAAGAUGGGAAUAAAAGUUUGUUCUCUGCUUUGGUAA